AUGGCCGACUCCACACAAGGAGACGCGCAUGACAAGGCGUGGAAGAAGGCCGAGAAGAAGUUUGCAAACAAACAUGCCAGCCAAUAUUAUGAUCCAUGCCAGGACUUCGCGGAUCGAAGUCUCAAAUGCAUGAAGCGUAAUGGCUUUGAUCGGGAGAUGUGCCAUGAUUACUUCCAGGCAUACCGUGAUUGCAAGAAGAACUGGUUAACCCAGAAGAAGGCCUCUUAG